AUGACAUUAAACGAUUUCAAAAUCAAUUCGAACAGUUCAGCGACUACUUUAUUGGAUAAAAUAGAUGAAGCUAUCGAACAGAGCAUAUCACUUUGUAUGGAUUCAGCGGAACUAUUAUUUAGAUUUUCAAUUAUUCGAAAUUCCACGCCAUUCAAAAUUCGUUCGAAUGAUGCAACAUUGCCAACAUGCUCCCAUUUACAGUAA